AUAGUUCCGACGCCGCUGUUCGACCCUUCAAGGUUCCCCACCUCUUCCAUAACGGGUUAUGACGAUUUCCGAUUUCACAUUUUCAUCUCUUAGAACCUAACCAUCCCGUUGAAUGUAGAGCACGAAUAAUCAUCUAUGAUAUUUAAGAACUGGCAGAUUUAUUUUCUUGCCUCUUUCUUGUCAAUCGGACACCAACAAACCAUUUGUACUGAUGAACACACUGCCAAAGCCGAUGAUUAUAGUAUUAUAUCAUGGCUGAUGACAUGCUCAUGCACAUUUUCGAGAAUCUCUUUCUGUAAUGAACGGCAGUCUCAUUCUAGCGAAUUCGAGAUAAGAUUCCUGUCCGACAAGCACCGCAUGGCGAUACAGUGAACUUCCUUGAGAGUAUCGACCAGGUGGAAAGGCAAUAGUAGUUGCCAUCUUCAUGUUUUUCUUGUCACGUAUGUUUGAUCACUACCCUGAAACUCAUGGGUAGGCAGGCAAAUAAAUAAUGUGGAUACUCUCAUUGCAGUGUAUAACUUACGUUUUAGUGUGGUCGUCCUAUGCCGUCCAAUCCUACAAUCACUUGUUUAUGCGGUUGUUCGGGUCAUAUAAGUUGUGCUUGAGACAUGAGACGGCGAGAGAUCUUGCGUCCGGACCGGUCAGCCGUACAUAGGAGGGGUAAACGAAUUAGUACGUAACCAGCUCAGCCCACUAUUGCCCCGCUAUUGGCCACCCUCCCAUCGCCAUAUAAACACUUGUCUCCUGUUGUCGCUAGCUUUUCA